CGGAUCUUUUCUGCCUUCCCUCUCAGCAAAUCCCCCCUCGUUUGGCUCCUCCUCUUUCCCAUCUAGGGUUUCCUGUCGCAGCUUCCGACGCAUAUUCUCUGUCUCUCGUUUAUCACGAAGCACGAUUUGAGUGGUCGUCGAUCGUUUCCCUGGAUGCCUGGGCGCACCGUCGACGAUCUCAGCGAGGACCUCUUCGCACCCCCUUUCUUUUCAGCUACCGGCCUGUUCUGAUGUGUGUCCAUGAUGGAUGGACGCGAUCCAAAUGGUGAAGCCAGUGAAGGGGACGACCACGGUCUUCUUCGUUCUCAAAGGAAGGCGUCAUUGUCGCCUCCGAUUCUCGCGCUAGCAUGGGACGAUAUAUUUAGUGUGAUGAAAAUAAUCGAGAUCAAUCCAUGUAUGCUCGGUACAAUUGCUGGAGGUGUUGCAGAUUGCCAAUUCUGGCACAGGAAUGAAGGUAUCAAGGCAUUGCUGUUACCUGUCCACACAUAUUUGUCUACAUUGUACAUUUGAUAGUCUGUUUAUACAAUUGUGAUUUCUACCUUAGUUAUGCUGUUAUUUGUCCAUGACUAUCGAAAUUUUGGGUUAUAAUCCAUUAAAUCUUUUAAUGGUCAUCAUUUUCAUCUUGUGAACUGAUGCGUACAUGCACUGGCAAACAUGAGAAUGAUCUCAGUUGCAGGUGCUUCAAAGCUAUUAGCAAACAUUCUUUACUCUUCAUUGAGGAAUGGGUACUGAACUCUUAUCCCGGAAUGGGCCCUUCAGUAGGGACCAUGACUGCUGGAUGGAACGAAAAGGUGUAAGCUAGUUGUUUGUUUCUUUCUCCUGUUUCCACUUAAGCUGUAUUCCUGGUUCUCUUUGAUUUUAGGGGCCUGGAUUGUACUAUGUUGACAGUUAAGGUGGAAGGCUCAAGGGAACACACUUUUAAGUUGGCCCAGGAAGUCCAUAAGCAUAUGGUGUUCUGGAUAAUGGGAAGCUGCAGAACUGGCACAGUGGACCAUUUAUCGUGCAACUUUUUGUGAUGGUGCUAGUGGUGGAGUGGCCAGUGGUACAUCUUCAAGACACAAGUAUUUUCUAGAUUCUGUCAAUGGACUUGAUCUUUUUUUGGUGAUUCUGUUUUUAACUAAGCUUAUUUGUUAGAGAUUUACAAUCUUGUUGCAUUAUUAUUUCCUAUCAUUGUCACCAUCUGUUGAUAAGGGUUUCCUUGGUUACAUUGAAUGGUACAGACAAGUGGAUCAACUUUAUCUGAUGAAACUAUCUUUAUCAAAUCCCAAAUAUCAUUUGAUUGUGCUACAUUUCACAUAUGAUUUCAGCCUCAUUUCCAUUUGAGACACUGGUGCUUUUAGUACAGUUUACCAUGCUGGGACUGAUGGUUGGAAGAAGCUCUCUGGAGAUGAUGUUGUUGAGCUUCAUUACAAGUAUCAUCCUGUGGUCCAAACCCCCCUGUUAGCAAGAAAUGGCAAGACGAACCAGCAGCCUGAAUGGCCCAGCCUUUUGCUUUGUCAACUUUAUGGAGGGGUGUGUCUCCAGCAGCUUGAAUGACCAGCCUUUUGUUUUGUCAACUUUAUGUUGGGUGGGUAGUUGAUUGAGCCCUGGCAGCAGCUGAGCAUGCAUAUAAUCUGGACGAGUUGUUGAAUUCUGAUAAGAUUUUGUUAGUCUUUCAUUCAUGCACGAGAACAAGAAACUUGCAGCAUUAAAUGGCCGGCCGUUACUAUCAAACUGUCGAUGAAUUUACUCAUUUUAUGAUCAGCCAUUUUUGUUGAAGCACAACACAGUCUCAUGUAGAAGUCAGAAAGAAGCUGGAUGCCAUUUUCUUAUGUUACCAUCCGUUCAACCUUGCUGCAGUAGAUGAUUCAGAAUGGAUUGCGUGGAUUCAGAAGCACCAACACAGGUACGCCCAUGUUAGUUCCUCUACUUUCUGCUCUCAGUUGGAACACUUAUGUAUUGUAAACUAUAUAGCCUACACCAACUCAACAAGAGUUGGAAAGCCAACUUUACAUGCUCCACCGGCAAUGGAUGGCUCAUGAUGCUAAUGAGAGCUACACAGAUCACGGAGAAGACAAGCGUCUCCGGCCAUGACAUUACUUUAACAUGGAAACGUGAUCUUUACUCCAUGAACAGCACCGCAAGGAAAGCGAGGCACUAACAAAAGUAUCCCGCGGGAUCGCAGGAAACUGGAAAAAGUACCAUCACUUUAACAUCCAAAAAAGUAGAGCCCAAGGUAAAGAUAUCACACCGUCUCCACCCGACUACUCUCCGCUCCUCUUCUCGUGGUCUCCUUAAUUACAACACCAAACCAUGCCCCACCCUCCUCUUCCUUCAUAACCUUUGCUUUCCUGAGACUCCCCUUUGCUCCCACGCGUACCACAACCAUCGAUGGCUUAAAGAAUAUGUAUGCAACUCUUCUUCCCCACCCUGUGCUAUCGCCACUUCGUCGGAGUAGCAGCAGCAGCAGAGAAUUGAAUACACUGAGGUUAGAUGAGGAGGAGGAGGUAUCUCUUCACCGUCAUUUUUUGGGUAGUUCAUAUAAUUCAUGUGGCGAGGAGAUGCCCGGCAUUGUCGUCCGACGGGGUCUCCCUUCUCGCCUUCAAGGCUGCGGUGUCCGACGACCCGUGGGCGUUCCUCGCGGGGUGGAACGAGGAAGACGAGGACCCCUGCCGGUGGCCGGGCGUCUCCUGCGUCAAUUUCACCGGCUUCAUCCACCCCCGCGUCGUCGGCGUCUCCGUCUCCGGCAAGAACCUCACCGGCUACAUCCCCCCCGAGCUUGGCGCGCUACCUUUUCUCCGCCGCCUCAACCUCCACGGCAACCGCCUCUCUGGCGCCAUCCCGCCCCAGCUCUUCAACGCCUACUCCCUCCGCUCGCUCUUCCUCUACGACAACUUCCUCUCCGGCCCCUUCCCCGCUGCCGCCUGCGUCGUGCCACGUCUCCAGAUCCUCGACCUCUCCCAGAACGCCUUCUCAGGACCGCUUCCGCUGGCGUUGCGCGGCUGCCGCCAGCUCCAGCACUUGCUGCUAGAGGAGAACCGAUUUUCCGGCAAAAUCCCCGCCGGGGUCUGGGCGGAGAUGUCGAAGCUCGUCCAGCUUGACCUCUCUUCCAACGAGUUCGAGGGGCCUAUCCCGCCGGACCUUGGCGAGCUCGACUCCCUCGGCGGCACGCUCAACCUCUCGCGCAACCGUCUCUCCGGCGCGAUCCCCAGCGAGCUAGGGAACCUGCCGUCGACAGUCAUCCUUGACCUGCGCUACAACAACCUCUCUGGGGAGAUCCCCGGGGCGGGGUCGCUGGCUAACCAGUACCCGACGGCGUUCCUCGACAACCCGGGGCUGUGCGGGUUCCCGCUCACGAUCACCUGCGAGGGGCCGGUAGGGGCGCCCUCAGCGGCGGAGGAGGAGGAGGGCCGAAGGGGAAUGAAGGCAGGGUUGAUCGCGGUGAUCUCGGUGGCGGACGCGGCCGGGGUGGCGCUGGUGGGGCUGGUGCUGGUGUGCGCGUACUGGAAGGUGAAAAAUCAACAGAAAGGCCGAGCGAAGCUGGGCCACGGCGGCGCAGGACUUGGCCGGCGGUGGUGCUUGUUUCCGUGCGGGGCGGCGAUGGCUGAGAAGAAGGAUGGCACGUCGUCCUCGGAAGAGGAGGAUGAUCAGGGGGGAGGCGUCGAGGGGGAGCUGGUGGCGAUGGACAAGGGUUUCAAGGUGGAGCUGGAGGAGCUGCUUCGGGCGUCGGCGUACGUGCUGGGGAAGGGGGGGAAGGGCAUCGUGUACAAGGUGGUGGUGGGGGAUGGGAUGGCGGUGGCGGUGAGAAGGCUGGGAGAGGGCGUUGGCGGAAAGUACAAGGAGUUCGCGGCGGAGGUGAGGGCGAUGGGGCGGGUGCGGCACCCCAAUGUGGUGCGGCUUCGUGCCUUCUACUGGGCGCCUGACGAGAAGCUGCUCAUCACCGACUUCAUCUCCAACGGCAAUCUCGCCGCCGUUCUUCGCGGCCGGUCGGGGCAGCCGAAUUUGUCAUGGGCGGUGCGGCUGCGCAUCGUCAGGGGCGCCGCCCGCGGCCUCGCCCACCUCCACGACUGUAGCCCCCGCAAGCUCGUCCACGGCGAUCUCAAGCCCUCCAACAUCCUCCUCGACGCCGACUUCAACCCUUACAUCUCCGACUUCGGCCUCCUCCGUCUCCUCCCCCUCACCUCCUCCGCCGCCACCAACCCCACCUCGGCCCCCUCCUACUCCUCCACCGCCGGCCUCUUCGGACCGGUGCCGUCCUCCGUCCAACCCACCCUCCUCGACCGCCCCAACCCCUACCGCGCCCCCGAGAGUCGCGCUACGGGCCACCCGACGCACAAGUCCGACGUGUACUCCUUCGGCGUCGUGCUGCUGGAGAUACUGACCGGUAAGCAGCCGGAGAUGCCGUCCUCUUCGGCGGAGCAGGUGGCGGGGCUAGUGAAGUGGGUUAGGAAGGGGUUCGAGGAGGCGAGGCCGCCGUCGGAGCUGGUGGACCCGGCUUUGCUGCAGGAUGUGCGCGCGAGGGAGGAGGUCGUGGCGGCGUUCCACGUGGCGCUGGCGUGCACGGAGACGGACCCGGACGUGAGGCCGAGGAUGAAGGCGGCGUCGGAAGACCUCGACCGGAUCGGGUCAGGGAGGAAGUGAUCAAGAACACAUAUACCAUCCAGACAAGGAGGAGAAGUCUUCUUGAUCGUAUAUAAUACUAGCAGUAGGGUCAAAAUGUAUUCUUUCCUUUCUGGAGGAGGUGGGAGUGAAAUAAAUAUAGGAGAAGGUGAUGAUGUCUUCCAUCUCUUCCGUCUUCUUCUUCGUACCUUCGGCAGGGAAAGACCAGUCGAGUCAGAAACGUAAAAGCAGAGUCGCUGGUGGACGAGGAUGGACAGGAAAUGCAUGAACGUGCAUCUCCUACGACUCUCAGAAACGCUGGUGGACGAGGAUGAACAGGCAUUAUAUAUAUAAAGAUUCUCAGAAAAAAAAAAAGGACAUGAAACAUAAUUGUUGUCUUCCAAAACUAAUUAUGUUUCUCUCGUCUUCAUAAUGCAGCUUGGAAUCCAGAGGCAGAUGACCUUUUGGCUCCUGGAAAAGGUUGAGAGAGUCCUUCCAAAUGUAGUACAAAAAGUAAACAGGGAGAAGAAAGGGGAAAACAUAAAAGAAGAGGGAACACUGCUGGUGUUGAUAAUAUCACGGAGGACACAACCGUUGGAUCCUGAUCCAACGGAUGGGCAUCACUUGCAAUCUCACACGUCAAUUGUGAUUUGGUUUGGUGUGUCAUGUGCGGGUGGGCGUUGGGUCAGAAAGGAUGGCUGAUGGAGCAAAUGAGCACACCAAGAUCACAAGAUCCACUCAGUGAUGGGUGGCUCCGAUUCAGCCAUGUCAGUCCCAACGCUACCAUAAAUAUUGUUUGUGCUUAAAGAUAUAUAUAUAUAUAUAUAUAUAUAUAAUAUUUUGGAGUAAUUGUUUAUUAGGAUUUUUUUGGCACCGCGUUCGAAGAUGCAACCUUUACCAUUCCGUGGCCCCUGUUUCGACCCAUCUUCUCGCCAUUCCUCUGAUUUCUCGCUCCGAUCGAUCGAGCUCGAUCGGCGUCUACAAUUUUAGACGUUCUCCAGCUUCGAUUUCUUCGAAGCAUGUGGAAAUUUUUUAUCCUUUCGUCCUGAUUUCAGGUUCGGCUCGCUGUUCAUCGGUCUCGUUUCCUCUGGUUUCUUCUUUGCGAUCCGACCAAACAAUCCUAUUUUUCUUCGUUGUUUUCCUUUUUCACUGAUCUGUGGAAUUUUCUGGCGUUGAUUCGUACUUCUUUGAUGUUCGCUUAUUGACAAGUUUGAUUUCUCGGUGGUGGAUCGGAUAUCUUUCGAGAAUUUCUCAAUGGCUCGAGAAAGCUGUAAUCUUGACAAAGAUGAAGCGGAGAUCUUUAAGGCCUCCUCCUCCUCUUCCCCUUCUGCUUCGCCACCCUCUCCCCCAUCAUCAUCAUCAUCACCACCACCACCCCCAUCUUCCACCGGUCUCCUGAAAUCGUGCGAGGAAUCCACUACUGAGAGGCGCGAGAGGCCGGAGAUCCCGGCUCCUGCGAUGACAUUCACGGCUUCUUCCUCCUCGAAGCUUGACGAGGAGUCGGAGUCGUCGAAGCCAGACGAGGAGUCACAUACUCCUGUAAGAUUCAGUAAAAGGUGUUCCACUUGCCGCAAAAAGGUCGGUCUCACCGGGUUCCGGUGCCGGUGCGGCGACCUCUUCUGCGGUCGCCACCGCUACUCCGAUGCCCAUGAAUGCUCCUUCGAUUACAAGGCCGCGGGGAGGGAGGAAAUCGCCAAGGCCAACCCUUUAAUCAGAGCUGCCAAGAUCAUCAAGAUCUGAGGUUAGGUGAUCAUAAAGUGUGUGUGGAAGGCCAACCUGGAAACUACUUCAAGUGGGCUCAAGCUACCCUGAUGAUGUGAAACAAAAGCUUUUGGAAGCAUGCUUCUCUAUGUGGCAGUCUCAAGAAAUUGCUGCACUUGCAGCCCUUUCUCCUGUCAAAAAACAAACAGUCUAAUUUGGAGGCUAUUAAGUUGUGAUCUCAAAAGCUCAGGGCUAGCAAGACCAGAUCAUAGUCUUUCAUCUCCUCUCCCAAGAUGGGUUUGGAAUUAUAUUUCUGCUGAUGAAUUAAGCAAAUGAACUUUGGUCUAACUUUCAUUUACUUUGACCAUCAGUUGUUCUACCAUUCUCGACUUUUAUCUGGUGUCUAUUGGACUAUACACUGUUGCUUGCCUCCUGUA